UCUGUAGCUAUCUACCAACCUUCCUUUUUCUUCUCAAAUUCUCAUCCUCCGCUUGAGUCUUGCCUUCUCGCCCCCAAAUUUUCUUCGCCGGCGACCACCACCUUGCCGGCGAUCUUCACCCUCCCUUCCAUCGAAGUACGUUUUCCAGAAUUUUUCUUCUUCAUUCUCCCGUUUAUCCGUGCGGCCCUGCCUUUCUUCUCCUGCUCCCCACGGCCUGCGCGCGCGUUCUCUCUCUCUCUCCUCUCCCCCUUUCUCUCGGUCUCUCCGCCAGUCUCCGGGCGACCGCGCCGCUUCUCCCGUUUCUCCGUGCGGUCGCGCUUUUCUUCUCCCAUUCCCCCCGGCGUGUUCUCUCUCUCUGUCUCUCGGGGCGACGGCUGGAGUACCGCGCCGCCGCAGCGGCCUCCCUACGACAGGUGUCGAGUCUCCAUCGGGCGCCAUGUCUUCUUCGUGCCCUUCACUGGCGACGAGCACUACCAGGUGUGCAUGUGUACACCCAUGUCCUUUACUGGGUCCGCCACCGCCCCUCUGUACUCCUAUACGCUUAGCCUGUUUUUAAGUUUGUAUUUGUAAUUCUAGGGUCUGGAGGGAAGCAUAGAUCUUAAGAGGGGUGAAAUUUGGUUGUAAUUUCUGAGAAUUUCAAGAGGACAAGGGUACGGAGGUAGUUUUGGAGGGAUUUGUGAGCAAAGCUUCAGAAAUUUGAGGUUGGAGGUAACCAUGGUGGGGAAGGAGCUGGUGGUGAAAAGGAAUGGCCCUGUUGACAUACGUGAGAUUGCUGCGAAGGCGACGCUCCGGGAGGUGCGGCAGAGUGGGCACACCUAUGUUGAACUACGGCGUGUUGGGAAGCGUGUCAUCUUCUUCUGCACGAUCUGCCUCACUGAGUGCUUCAGCGACAACGUGCUGUUCGACCACCUCAAGGGAAACCUGCACUCCCGGCGUUAUGCUGAGGCCAAGGUCACACUGUUUGGGCCCAUGCCGUGGCCAUUUAAUGAUGGCGUGCUCUUCUUCAACAACUCGCGUGAGAAAGAUCCGCUCCUGCUGGACUCAAGCUCGCAGAGCACCAGAGAGCUUGCUCUGGUUCCACGGCCUGAGGUUUCGCGGAAUGAUACUGAGGUGACAUCAAAGUUGAGAGAUGGUUCAAGCUCCUGUAAUGGUGUGAAAGGUGCACGCAAUGGUGGAAAAGGCCGUGCUAAUUGUAGAGGUGCUGCUGUAUCUGAAGAUCGAGCGCUUUCAAACCGUGGAACGGAUGGUCCUCUUGUUAUUCCUGGUGUAUUGCUGAGGGACGUUGUUUCAGACUUGCCUGUGCAUCUUUUGGGCUCUGGAAAUAUUUCGUACAGGAUCUGUGAAGCUAGCAAGAACUGCAAGAAGAUAAGCAAGAUCUGGUGUGCUUGGGUAGGACAAGAAGGCUCCCAUGGUUCUGAGAGUUGUAACACUUAUGAGCAAUCUGGGUUUGCCAUAGUCAACUUCUCUUAUACUUAUGAUUUGGGCAGGAAAUGGUCUUCUGAUGAACAAGACCUUUCUAUAAUCUCUGCUGGAUCUUUCUUUGUAAUUGAUGAUGCUGGACAUCGUGGAAAGCGAAUGAAAAAAUCAUUCUCUGAUCAAGAGGCAUCUUCAGAAGAGUCAAACGGUCAGAACAGCUCCCCACAGGGCAGUAGCCAAGCUAUUGUGACUGGUUCCCCAACAGGUACCUCACACAAUCUUCAAGUUGGCCUCUUAUCAAGUAAGUCAGCAAGGAGAGAGUUGAGGGAGCAGAAGCGCAUAGCAGCUGAGAAAGUGUGUGAUAUUUGCGGCCGACCAAUGCUCCCUGGAAAGGAUGUUGCCACCUUGCUGAACUGCAAUACAGGAAACCUAGCUUGCAGCAGUAGAAAUUCAAGUGGGGCUUAUCAUCUAUUCCACACUUCCUGCCUUUUGCACUGGACUAUAUUGUGCCAAUAUGAGAUGCUGAAUGACCAAAUAGCUAGCAAGGGGAAGAGCAAUCGAGGAAGGAAGGCAAAGAAUGCACCUAAGAAAAGCAAAAUAACAUCCAUAGUGUGCCCAGAAUGUCAGGGUACUGGAAUUCACGUCAACGGAGAAGAACUUGAGAAGCCAAGCAUUUCUUUAUCCGAGAUGUUUCGCUUUAAGAUGAAAGCCAUUGAAGCUCACAAAGCAUGGCUGAAGAGUCCUGAAGUGCUUGAAAACUGUUCCACUGGGCUUCAUUUCCCCUCAGAACAUGUGGAGAACUCUGAGGUAGAUUCAGAGGCACACUGUUCACAGUGUUCUGGGGCGGCGGCCGUGCACUUCUGGGCGUCCUGGUGCGAGGCGUCCAAGCAGAUGGACGAGGUCUUCGCGCACCUCGCCGUCGAUUUCCCCCACGCGGCCUUCCUCCGGGUUGAAGCUGAAGAACAACCUGAAAUAUCAGAGGCACAUGGAGUGUCAGCGGUGCCAUAUGUUGUUUUCUACAAGGAAGGCAAAAUUGUCGAUACUUUGGAGGGAGCAAACCCAGCCAGCCUAGCCAAUAAGGUUGCAAAAGUAGCUGGGCCUGCUAGUGUUGCUGAGUCUGCUGUACCUGCUAGCCUCGGAGUUGCUGCUGGGCCUGCUGUACUUGAAAACAUCCAAAAGAUGGCACAACAAAAUGGUUCUUCUGCUGCUGAAAGCACAAACUCUGGUAGCAAGGAAGAUGCAUUGAAUAAGCGAUUGGAGCAGCUUGUCAAUUCCCAUCCUGUGUUUUUAUUUAUGAAGGGAACCCCAGAACAACCAAGGUGUGGCUUCAGCCGUAAAGUGGUUGACAUUUUGAAGCAGGAAGGAGUCAAAUUUGGGAGUUUUGACAUUCUUACAGAUAAUGAUGUUCGUGAAGGUAUGAAGAAGUUCUCCAACUGGCCCACUUUCCCUCAACUCUACUGCAAAGGUGAGCUGCUUGGUGGAUGUGAUAUUGUUAUCGCUAUGCAUGACAGUGGUGAAUUGAAGGAUGUUUUUGAGGAGCACAAUAUUCCCCUCAAACCACAGGGAAGCAAAAAUGAAGAAGCAGGUGAACCUGGAUCUGCAACUGAUAAGGGUGGUGCAGUUGCUGAACCAAUCAGGCUUACUGAUGCCCAGAAAGCUCGUUUGGAAAGCCUUAUUAAUUCCAGCCCAGUGAUGGUAUUCAUCAAAGGUACACCUGAGGAACCAAAGUGUGGGUUUAGUGGGAAGUUGCUUCACAUACUUAAGCAAGAGAACAUUCCUUUCUCCAGUUUUGACAUUCUCUCAGAUGAUGAGGUUAGACAGGGGCUUAAGGUCUUCUCAAACUGGCCCAGUUACCCUCAACUGUACAUAAAAGGUGAACUGGUUGGCGGCUCAGACAUAGUGAUGGAGAUGCAUAAGAGUGGUGAGCUGAAGAAGGUCCUGUCUGAGAAAGGGGUUAUUCCAAAAGAAAGUCUUGAGGACAGAUUGAAGUCUCUGAUUUCCUCUGCACCGGUGAUGCUUUUCAUGAAGGGCACUCCAGAUGCUCCUCGUUGCGGCUUCAGUUCAAAGGUUGUGAACGCCUUGAAGAAGGAAGGGGUCAGCUUUGGGUCCUUUGACAUCUUAUCUGACGAGGAAGUUAGACAAGGUUUGAAGACAUACUCCAACUGGCCAACCUUCCCCCAGCUCUACUACAAAUCAGAGCUGAUUGGGGGCUGUGAUAUAAUUCUUGAGAUGGAGAAGAGCGGAGAGCUGAAGUCAACCUUGUCAGAGUAGACACCUAGCAUUCUUGCCUCGCUGGUGUUUCUAUCAUAUUGCCUGCCUGCAUUGGAUCACUCUACUAUGACAUUUAUGCCAAUGUAUUCAUAGAUCCACGUUUGGUACUUGUCUGCAGUGCCACAUUGCUAGAAUUGUGACACCUGCAGAAGGAAUAACUUGAGACGCUUGUUCGGUACUGAUUGCUCUUAUAUCACCAGUUCUAUUUAGCGGAUGGAAGCUUUUUUGUUCGGGUAUUGUCACGAUUUAUAGAUGGAUGAAUUAAAAUCUUUAGAGUAUUUAUUA